AUGUCAAUAAAGAAUAAAACUUCAUCCUCUGACUUUAUCCUCCUGGGGCUUCUGGUAAACAGUAAAGCUACAGGGAUUGUCUUUGCAGUUAUUUUGGCUAUUUUUGUGGUGGCUGUAACUGCAAAUUUGGUCAUGAUAUUCUUGAUUCAGGUGGACUCCCGCCUCCACACCCCCAUGUACUUUCUGAUCAGCCACCUGUCCAUCAUGGAUACUCUUUUCAUUUCUACCACUGUCCCAAAGCUCCUGGUUGACAUGGUUUCUAAGGAGAAGACUAUAUCUUUUGUCUCCUGUGGCAUCCAGAUCUUCCUCUACUUGACCAUGAUUGGCUCAGAGUUCUUCCUAUUGGGCCUCAUGGCCUAUGACCGAUAUGUGGCUGUCUGCAACCCUCUUAGGUACCCAGUCCUGAUGAACCACAGAGUAUGUCUGCUUCUGGCUGCUGGUGCCUGGUUCGGAGGAUUGUUGGAUGGAUUUCUGCUCACACCUAUCACCAUGAAUGUCCCCUACUGUGGCUCCCACACUAUCAACCAUUUCUUCUGUGAGAUCCCUGCAGUUCUCAGAUUGGCCUGUGCUGACACAUCCUUGUAUGAAACCUUGAUGUACACCUGCUGUGUGCUCAUGUUGCUCAUCCCUGUCUCUAUCAUCUCAGUAUCAUACUCUCACAUCUUGUUAACUGUCCAUCGCAUACGCUCUGCUGAGGGCCGAAAAAAGGCCUUUACCACUUGUUCUUCCCACUUGACCAUAGUCAGCAUUUUUUAUGGGGCUGCUUUCUACACGUAUGUGUUGCCCCAGUCAUUUCACACCCCUGAUCAGGACAAGGUAGUAUCAGCCUUCUAUACCAUUGUCACACCCAUGCUUAAUCCUCUUAUCUAUAGCCUCAGAAAUAAGGAUGUCAUGGGGGCAUUUAAAAAGAUAUUUGCACAAUGUUUAUCUGUACAGAAAAUAUCUGCAGGUGAUGCUUAG